CAGGAACUAUUCCUAAUAAUUUGGGAAAUCUUCGUGAGCUGCAAUAUCUGUUCCUACAUCAUAAUCAACUUACCACUGAACCAAGAGACCAUGAGUUGCAAUUCUUCAAUUCUUUAGUGGACUGUAGGAUGUUGGGAUAUCUAGAAGUGGGUAACAAUCCAUUGAAUGGUGUUCUGCCCAAUUCUAUUGGGAAUCUUUCAUCUACUAUCAAAGACUUACAUAUAUCAGAUGCACACAUCAAUGGCCUAAUCCCCCCAGGUAUAGGCAACAUGAGUGGUCUAACAGAACUAACCUUUGAAGGAAACAACUUGGUGGGAAGUAUUCCUUCUGAAAUUGGUAAGCUUAAACAACUCCAAGGACUGUUUCUAACUAACAAUAAAUUGCAGGGACAUAUUACAGAGGUGGUAUGUCAUUUAUCUAAUUUGGUUAAAUUAAGUCUAGCUGGUAAUGAGCUAUUGGGGUUAAUUCCAGCAUGUAUAGGAAAUCUUAGCAUGCUACAACAACUUCAUUUGGAUUCUAAUAGAUUUUCAACAAAAUUUCCCUUGAGUCUUUGGAAAAUGAGAGGUCUUCUCAUUCUAAACGCGUCACAAAAUUCUAUAGAAGGAGAAGUUCCACAGGAUAUUGGAGAACUGAAGGCCAUUGUAGAACUAUAUCUUUCUGGUAACCACUUUUCGGGCAUGUUACCAAGCAGAUUGGGGGAACUCCAGAAUCUGCAAUCUCUUGACCUAUCGAACAAUUCAUUUUUUGGCCAAAUUCCAUUAUCCUUUGCCAACUUGAUAAGCUUGGAAUUCAUGGAUUUGUCCUUAAAUGCCUUGUCAGGUACUAUUCCUAAGUCUUUGGAAAAGCUCUCAUACCUAAAACGCAUUAAUGUUUCAUUUAAUGAUUUAGAAGGUGAAAUGCCCAGUGGUGGUGUGUUUGCAAAUUCCACUCUGCGAUCAUUUCUUGGGAACAAAGGUCUAUGUGGAAUGCACAAAUUAGAGGUUCCUGCUUGCCCUAUCAAUAAUCCUGGGAAACAAUCAAAGUCUAAGGAGCUUGUGCUAAAAAUUAUUAUUCCAGUGGUUAUGUCAUCCUCUCUGAUAUUCUUGUUGGUUUCAAUUUGGAUAAUGAAACGAAAGAAGAAAGGAAAGUCUAAAGAUGUCGAAAAGGUUUGGGAGAUCAAUACUUAUCAAUUGAUUUCUUAUCAUGAGAUUCAACGAGCAACAAAUUAUUUUGAUGGAUCAAAUUUAAUUGGUGCGGGAAGUUCUGGCUCUGUGUACAAAGGCACAUUAUCUAGCGGAACUGUGGUGGCCAUAAAGGUUUUGGAUUUGGAAAAUGAGCAAGUAUGCAGGAGGUUUGAUGCCGAAAGCGAAGUGAUGAGAAAUGUUAGACACAGAAAUCUUGUUCCUGUAAUUACUACUUGUUCUAGUGACUAUAUAAGGGCCUUUGUUCUUCAAUUUAUGUCCAAUGGAAGUCUUGAGAAUUGGUUGUACAAAGAAGAAUCCCACUUGAACCUCCUUCAAAGAGUUGCCAUAAUGCUUGAUGUGGCUGUGGCAAUUGAAUAUCUACAUCAUGGUCAUAACACUCCGAUAAUUCAUUGCGACCUAAAGCCGGCAAACAUUCUUUUGGAUGAAGAUAUGGUUGCGCAUGUUGGUGAUUUUGGAAUCUCUAAGAUUUUAGCCAUAAGCAAGUCCAUGGCACAUACUGAGACAUUGGGCACUCUUGGAUACAUUGCACCAGAAUAUGGCUUGGAGGGAAUAGUGUCCACUAGUGGUGAUGUUUAUAGUUACGGCAUCAUGUUGAUGGAGGUUUUGACCAAAAGAAGGCCAACCGAUGAAGAGAUAUGUAAUGAAAAUCUUGACUUGAGGAAAUGGAUAACUCAAUCAUUUUCAGGGGCUAUGAUGGACGUUGUAGAUGGCAAUCUUUUUCCUGAGGAAGGACAAAUCACUUCUAAAAGUGAAAUCUGCAUAGCCUCAAUGGUCGAAUUGGCUUUAGACUGCACAAAGGAAACGCCAGAAUCAAGAAUAACCAUGAAAGAUGUAGUCAAGAGGCUUAACAAAAUCAAGAUCACAUUUCUGGAAAGAUAGAAAGCAUCUCUUUCGAUGAUGUUCUUUCUGAGCUGCAAGUUAAUAUGAUGCUUUUCGUUCACCUAGUUUUUGCAGUAAAGACAACUGUACUCCUUGGAGUCUUGUAAUUUUAUAACUGCACUAUUUUAUUCUAUCUGCAAGCUUGGAAACA